UUCUCUCUUUUUUCCUCCUUUUUUUCCUUUUUUCCCCUUUUCCUCUUCAUAAAGUUCCAAAAGAUUGAGUUCCUACAUGUAGGAGUUGAGGUGAAAAGACUGUAUAUACGGUCAGAAUGUCGACUUCAGAACAAGGCCUCGUGGUCGUUGCGCCCGAGACGGAGCAGUCAGAUUACACCAUUGAGUAAGUUCCAGAAAUUUAUCUUUAGUGUUCUUUAGCAUAAUUAUUUUACAGCAUUGUCGCAGUCCCUGGCUUGGGUGCUGAUCCAAAGAGGAGUUUUAUGUCCGAUUCGGAGUCGAAUAGCUAUAGCUGGCUCAAAGAUGAGAAAGACGGUGUUUUGUCCACUAUUCCAGGAGCUCGCGUCAUGAUGUACCACUACGACUCUCGUUGGUUAGGCGACGGUGCUAUUUCACAGACUUUAUAUAAUGCCGCAGCACUGCUACUCGAUUCUCUCGUUGCAAAGAGAAAUGAUCAAAAUAGACCCUUGAUGUUUCUUGCUCAUAGCCUGGGAGGGUUGGUUGUUGCAAAGGCCUUGAUCUUGGCUGUAUCGGAACCGGAAAGACUGGAUCGUAUGCGUAUUUAUGAAUCCUUUGCCGGAGGCAUAUUUUUCGGUACGCCAUUUGGAGGUUCGGAUGAGGCUGGGAGAGCAUGUAUGGUUGCUUCAAUUCUGCAGACGUUCAAAUAUGGGAAAAACAGUGCACUAUUGCAAAAUCUUAAUCCGGAAAGAGACUCCUUGAAAGAAUUGCGAAGAGAUUUUACGAAACUUAUUUCUAAAGCGCCAAGUUCGAGUAUUGCGUGUAUCUAUGAACAGCGGAAUACCAAUUAUGUGAAAGUGCUCGGUAGUAGGUUAUCAGCAACUACGGUAUGUUAAGCUCACCCAGGUUGAACUAACACUAGCUAAUAUUCCUUCUAGAGAACUUCAGCACUUGUUGUAACCGAACAAUCGGCAACCUUGGAUGGCGCAAGUGAAGUACGAGGUAUGGCUUGCGACCAUCGUCAACUGAACCGCUUUGACAGCGCCAAAGACGGAAGGUACGAAGUUGUGAAAGUUCUACUGAAAAGCAUCGAGAUCAAAGGCCGCACUGUUGUGAACAAGAGGCUUAAAGCAUCGAAAUUCUCGCCUAUAGACGAUGUGACCUUUGGGAGGCUAUCGGAUUGCUUGAAUUUAGUUCCAUUUCGUCGGGAGAGAAUAAAAGUCGAGAGUAUAGGUGGCGACUCUCGUUGGAUUCUUGAGGAGCCCAAAUAUCUCCGAUGGGUAUCCGGUGGAAGUGUUCCUGGAGGAUCAACAUGUAGUCCUUGUUUGUGGAUAUCUGGAUGUGAAGGUCUUGGCAAAUCAAAGGCAGCACUUGCAGCAGUCAAAGCACUCGAAGAUCUCGAAAAGGCAAGGACCACGAGCGAGGUGAUGGUGGCUUAUUUCUUUUGCGACUCCAGUCCGGACUCGAGCAACGCAGAGAAUAUCGUCAAAUCUCUGAUGUGGCAAUUGAUAUUGAAACAACGAUCUCUCGCCCAACAUGUCAAACGAUUUGUUUCCGCAAAAAACGUAAACUCAUUGAGCUUCUCAAAGCUCUGGAGGAGUCUUCAAGACAUGUUGAGGGAUGAUGCAUGUCCUAGCGUGUAUUUCGUCGUCAACAAUGUGCAUUUUCUACCGAGCGAUGAAAGCACCACACUUGAAUUUUUAGGAGCAAUCAAGGAACUGAUGGAUGAAGAAGUGAACAAUCCCCAAGAUCCCGCAUACACUAAUGUCAAGUGGAUGAUUCUCAGUCGUGACAGAGAUUACAUAUGUCAAGUCCUUCAGAGAGAUGACGGUUCUGCACUUCGAGUAAAUUUGGAAGACGGAUCGAAAGAUGCCGAAUUGCGUCAAAUGCUCAGGACGGAUACAAAGGCGAGAGUGAAAGCACUGGCUGAGUUGAAGGGAUACAGUCUUUCUCUACAAUAUUUCGUCACUAGCAUCCUUCUUCAACGAGCUGACAACAAUACUCGAUGGGUAGAAGUGGUUUGUUGCCUACUUGAAAGGCUUCCUACAAACCAUGUUCUAGUACGAAAAACCCUGGAAGAACUCCCUCAAGAUGUUGGAAAGUUGAUGAAUCAGGUCUGGUCAAAGGUCAGUUUAUCUUCCUAGAAGAGACGAUUGUUGAUUGAUUUCUAACUGUGGUAUAGGCACUCAAUUCGGAAAAGGAAGACAACCAUACUACCAAAGAAAUUCUCCGCACUCUGGCCAUCGCAUACGAAGAUCCCACACUCGAUGAAUUGAAUGUCCUUGCGGAGCUUUCAGACGCUGCUGAUGCUCACGAAACCCUGGAGCUCGUCAAGAAAUGCGGUCCCCUGCUUCGAAUCUACGAUGCGUCUGUAUGGGGUGAUCUGGGUUCGUAUCGAGUGACUUUCAUACACGAAGAGGCAAAGAAUGCUCUUUUAUCCAAGAACUUGAUCGGACUCUCCAAUCAUGGAAAUGAGGUUCUGUGGCAGCACGGCAUUAUUGCCUUGAGAUCGUUCUCCUACACCAUAAGCCAGCUACAACCCGCCGAGGAGGAAAUUACUUGGGCCGGAUCCGCGUCUGAUGAGGAGGUCGACGGCGAAACGAAGGAGCUCAACAGUCUUUUUCCAGAAGACGCGGCUAAUAAUGCUGAGGAUGAUGACAUGGAUGCCUCUUCUCUCGAGUAUCCUGUCAAGUACUGGCUCCGACAUGGAAAUCAAGCAUCGCCAGAUUUUGUGGAUUCCUUAGAUCUUAAAAACGCCUUUUGGGCUCUCGAGUCAAGAGUGCGACGUCGCUGGUGGAACAGCUACUCAAGAAAGGAAGACGGUGGGAUGGAUGAGCUUAAGGGACUGACGGCUAUGCACAUUGCUGCGUUCUUCGGUCUCACCCCCCUAAUCAACUCGCUUCUCGCCGACGGUCACGCGGAUGAGAUUUUCGUCUGUGACACUUGGGAUAACCAACCACUUCAUUGGGCAGCUGAACGAGGACAUGUGGAAGUCAUGCAAACUUUGUUGGAUCACAAAGCAGAUAUGAAUAACGGGGAAGCGACAGGAGUAUGGACACCCUUACAUAUGGCAGCCUCGUCUGGUCAGAUCAAGGCGAUGGAAUUCUUGAUGAGCGGGAAGAAUGGCAAGGUGAACAUCGACGCCGUAGCAAAGGAUGACGGAACAGCUUUAACAAUAGCCUUGUCUCGAAACUACACGAAAGCAGCGAAACUGCUUCUAGAACGAGGAGCAAAUGCGACACUCAUGGACGGUGACGCAGAAUCACCUGUGGCGAUUGCCGCUUCAUGGGGUCACGAAGAUCUCAUACCUCUCUUGUUAGAUAAAGGAGGUGCAAAAUCUCUAGGCUCCAAAGAAUUCGGAAGUGCGGUUGCGGCAGCUGCUUCAGCUGGUCAUGAGAACAUUGUACGAAUGUUGUUACCACUGGAGACAGAAAACUUAUCGCGCCCCGAGAGAAAGGCAUCACGACAAAGAGCGCUUGAUGAAGCUUCCAAGAAUGGGUUUUAUUCCAUUGUAAAGCUUCUGCUCGAGACCUGCCCUCAACGCUUCAGUUGCGAUGUGGGCUUCGCGGCUGCUGCACCCCUCGGCCAUAUCCUGGUCCUACAAGAGCUUCUUAAAUACAACACUCACUACAAAGGCACUGUUGUUGCCCAAACAACCAUUGAUAAAGCUUUGUACAUGGCCACAGACAGCGAACAAGAGGAUAUAGUGGAGGCACUUCUGAAAUACUGGGGUGCAAACCCAAACGCAGAAGGAGAAGAAUAUGGCAACGCGGUUACUGCAGCAGCCUUUGAUGGCAAUGAUAACAUACUGGAGAAGUUAGUUGCUUUUCACGCUGAUUUGAAUGCCCUUUCUGGAUAUCCACUUCAGGCUGCUGCAUCACGCGGCCACCUCGAGACCGUCAAGCUACUACUUAAGCAUAACGCUUCUGUCAAUGCAUAUCGUCCAAAAUCCGACGACGCCUACCCCCUUCAAGCUGCUUGUGUGGCUAGACAGAUUGCUGUGGCAAGAUUAUUACUUGAAUAUGGAGCUGAUCCCAACCUCGGAGGUGGAAGCUGGACAAAUCCAUUGAUCGCUGCCAUCAGCAAUGGUCUCGGUGAUCUCACUCGCUUACUACUGCAAAAAGGGGCAAAUCCAAAUGUAUUUGGGGGUUCAGAUGGAAGUACGCCUCUAAUCAACGCUGCACAGUCUUUGCGAGCAGAAUACCUGGAGACCUUGAUCCAGGCUGGUGCAAACUUUAAUCAGGUUGAUCCGGAUGGUGAUACUGCUCUCAUCAUCUCAGCGUACUAUGGCGAUAAAGACUGCGUGAGGCUCCUUUUGGACCACGGUGCAGACAUCAACUAUCCUGGCCCCCAUAACGGAUCAGCAUUGCAUGCAGCUGUUACCAACGGCCACAUUGAAACUUGCCAGAUGCUGCUUGACAGAAAAGCGGACCCCACGGUUCGUGCUGGGCCUCAUGACACCGUUGUUCAAGCAGCUAUUGCCUCCGGAAGCAAGGGAUGCCUCGAAGCUGUCUUGGGACAUGUUGGUUUAUUACGCAAGAAGGGCUCAAAGCUUCCAAAGCUUUCACUCAAGGAUUUACAAAAGUUGAAGAAAAAGUACCACAUAGACCUAGAAGGCGGUGAAAGUGGUACUGCCCUCCAUGCGGCGGCAACACAGUACGAUGAUGGUUGCCUUAGACUGCUGCUCAGAUUGAAACCACAGCUCCAUACCGUUCCUCCGAAAAAGCAGAAUGCUGGAACCGCCUUACACGCAGCUGUUUUUGCUGGUUGUAACCGCAAUGCACGUCUUCUUCUCGAAGCUGGUGCAGAUCCUAAUUAUGGAGCUGGCCAACAUGGCACCAUCUUACAAGCAGCUGCAUUGAGAUGCGGUCCUGAGCUGUGCGAGCUGUUGAUUUCUAAAGGGGCGAAGAUUGAUGCGUGGCCUGGCAAAUAUGGAAGUGCCUUGGUCGCCGCUGUUGUCAGCAACUACCAUGGCCAUGGAAUUGAAACUUUGCAAUUUCUACUCGAACAAGAAUUCUCAGCUGAAGCCUAUCGGCUUGCAUUGGAAGAGGCAUUCGAUUUGAAGUGCAGGGAUGCUUUCAAACUCAUUUGGCAGAGUAUUAAGGAUAAAGGACCGAAAAAGCUCGCGAUUGGAAUGACACAGCUUUUAUCGAGAUUUCAAGUGAGGGUCAGGAAUAGGAAGGUAGCUGAUAUUGAAGAGGAAGAUAAGAAUCCCGAUUUCGAGGAGAAUGUUGUGUAUCAUUGGCAGUAUUAUGAGGAUUCCGAGCCCGAGGUGGAAGAAGAGGAAGAAAUUCCCGCAAUUGAAAAUGGAAGUGCGGGUCAAACAACUCGAGGCGUUCAAGAACAAGCGACGGGAGACGAUACUCCUGAUCUGUCACGGACUCGAGAUGUCAACACCCAAGGACAAACGAGCAGAUCUUUAGCUCAGAGUACCCCACCACCGACACGUCGAGAAAUGCGACGUCAACAAAUCGUCAACAACUCUGCUCAAACCACACGUUCAGGAAUCGUGCCAAUGCCUGUUUCUGCGCCUGUGUCAGGAGCCGAGCUAUUCAAUUCUGAUCCAGCUUAUCGACAAGUUUCUCAAGCACGAGGAGGCGAAGACGGUUAUGAUGACUAUGACGAUUUCGAAAAUGGAACAGAAAACAUCAAUGGAGACGUUAGUUUGACGCAACAGCAAACCAUUCGGCAGACGACCAAUACAGAAGUCAGUAGUGCAGUGCUGGCUGGACAUGGUCAAGCCGGGUCAGUGAACGACGAGAGUGGUGGCCAAGACACGAUGAACAGCUCUGAAGGUGAUGAAGACCAAGUUGAUGGGAAUCAUCAUCAAAGUGAUGGUGCUCAAGUGGAUGAAGAUGAUCAAGGAGGACAGGAGCAAGAAGAAGAGAACUCGGAACCCAUCCAACCCGAACCUGUUGAAGACCAAUCCCAAGAAGCGUCGUCGGAGUUUCAUCAAGCUGAGGAACAUGAUGAGGAACAUGAUGUGCCCGUGUCUCCAGAUAUCGAUACUCCAACAGCCGAACAAUACAUCCAAUCAGACCCAGAAACCAUUACAGUCCCAUACUCGGAAGACAUCUCACCUUCCCAACAAUACGAACCCCCUACCCCCUUCCCCAGCACCUCCCAAAACAUCUCAAAAAAGAAAAAGAGCUCCUUCGGAUUCAACCGCCUAUCCAGAUUCCUCGAGCCCCAUGAAGAACUUGUGCACCAAACAUAUCAGGACCCCAUCGUUCCAGCGCCAGAAGAGACGCCCAAGAAAUCAUCUUUUGGGCUCCAUCGUUUCUCUAAGUUCUUGGGUGGGGAUGGGGCUGGGGAUGAGGAACAGGUUGAGGUUCGGGAUGCGGUGGUUGGUGAGGAGGGGGAGGGUGGAGAGAUUGAGGAUGAGGUAGAGGAUGAAGCAGAGGAUGGAGUGGAAGACGAACCAGAAGAUGAACCAGAGGAAGCAUACCAACAAACAGAUCCCUACGACCAGCCAUAUGAUCCGUAUGGGAAUCGGGGGUAUUAGACUCGACUCACUCGAGAGCUAAGCUUCUCAUGAUUUUUUGUAUUGCGGAGAACGAUGGGGGCUUAUUACUAUUGUAUAAAUUUCUUGAUCUUUGUACGAUUGCCAUAAGCUGUAUUUGGAAUAUAGAGUAUAUAAUGCAAGGGGUGGAGGGAACCCUAGAUGGCAAGGAUAAAUCUCGUAUGUAAGGGAGGCGGGUAUUACUCUAUAUACGCUUGAUAUAUCAAAAGUCAUUCUGCCAAAACUCUGGCACAAGAAACUUAAUUGAUCUAUUUCAUCUAGUAUAAUACGAAUUAAAAACUAACAAUUGUUCUG